AUGGCGUUAUUUGAUUCUGCGCCGCGUGUCUUGCUGGCUGCUACGGCUCUGCGCCUGAUUCUGCUGGUCUACGGUGGCUGGCAAGAUGCCAACUCUGCGGUGAAAUACACCGAUAUCGACUAUAUGGUGUUCACAGAUGCAUCGCGCUAUGUCGCCAAGGGUCAACCACCUUAUGCCCGCGAUACUUAUCGCUAUACGCCCCUCCUGGCCUGGAUGCUUCUCCCGACUGCUUGGGAAGGGGCCGGACCUCUGGCUUCGGUGGCCUUUGCGUUUGGGAAGAUUCUUUUCGCUUUGGCUGAUGUCGUGGCUGGGUGGCUGGUUGUUCAGCUGUUGUGUCGAUGCUAUCAUUUCCCUGCCGAGCGGGCGCUGCGUUAUGUGGCUGCUGUCUGGCUUUGGAAUCCGAUGGUCGCGAAUAUCAGUACCCGCGGCAGCUCGGAGGGUCUGCUUGGCGUUCUCAUUGCGGCUUUGCUGUGGGCUACUUUGACACGAAGGGCCGCUCUUGCCGGUGUGAUUCUGGGACUGGCAGUCCAUUUCAAGAUUUAUCCGUUCAUCUACGGAGUAUCGAUUCUUUGGUGGUGGGAUGCUCAGCGUGAUGGUGCUCCCCCUACUAAAGGAUCUAGUCUGAUUUCAAGGGUAUUCGGCUUCAUAACCCCGUCGCGUGUGAUUCUCACUAUUUCUGCGCUCGUCACUUUCAUCGUCUUGAAUGCUGUCAUGUACAUCCAGUAUGGCAUGCCAUUCUUGCAUCACACGUUCUUCCACCAUCUUACGCGCAUUGAUCACCGGCACAAUUUCUCUCCUUACAGUACCCUGCUCUAUCUUGCUUCUGCAGGUGGAGCUAGCUAUCGUUUUGAGACUCUUGCUUUUCUUCCCCAGCUGGUGCUUUCGGUCAUUGCUAUUCCGUUGGUGCUGGCGAAGAGGAGCUUGGCAACGGCCAUGCUUGCCCAGACAUUUGCUUUUGUUACGUUCAAUAAAGUCUGCACUAGCCAGUAUUUUAUAUGGUACCUCAUUCUUCUUCCGUUUUACCUGCCUUCAUCUUCUCUCAUUCGGAAGCCCACGUUGGGCAUUGCGGCCGCUGUGUUCUGGGUUCUCGGCCAGGCACUUUGGCUUUCACAGGGAUACAACCUCGAGUUCCUCGGCCUGUCUGCAUUUGUCCCUGGUCUCUUCCUGUCUUCCCUUUUCUUUUUUGGUGUCAAUGUCUGGAUUCUUGGCAUCAUUGUCCGUGACGGAGGCAUUGGCGAAAGCGUGGAGACUUCUAUUAAGCCAAUGCAAUGA